GGACAGAACUGUGCCGAGGCGGGCGUGUUUCGCGACAGAGCCGUAAAGGCGCGUGGGAGCGAAGCAUGGCGCUGUACGCGACCGCGGCGUCUGUGCUGGCGGGCGUGGAAAGCCGACGGGGCUCCAUCAAGGGGCUGGUGUACGCCAGCAGCUUCCAGAACGUGAAGCAGCUGUACGCGCUCGUGUGCGAGACGCAGCGCUACGCCGCCGUGCUGGACGCCGUGAUCGCCAGCGCCGGCCUCCUCCGCGCCGAGAAGAAGCUGCGGCCGCACCUGGCCAAGGUGCUAGUGUAUGAGUUGUUGCUGGGGAAAGGCUUCAGAGGGGGCGGGGGCCGAUGGAAACCUUUGUUGGACCGGCACCAGGCAAGGCUGAAGGCUGAGUUGGCCCGGCUCAAGGUUCAGCGCCGUGUGAGCCGCAACGAGGACCUGUUGCAAGUGGGAUCCAGGCCUGGCACAGCCUCCCAGGUGCCUCGAUUUGUGCGGGUGAACACUCUCAAGACCAGCCUUGAUGAUGCAGUUGAUUACUUCAAGAGACAAGGUUUCUCCUAUCAGGGUCGGGCUUCCAGCCUCGAGGACGCGAGGGCCCUCCGAGGCAGGUGCUUUCUUCUGGAUCCCUUGUUGCCAGAGCUGCUGGUGUUUCCGGCCCAGACGGAUCUGCACGACCACCCACUGUACCGGGCCGGUCACCUCAUCCUACAGGACAAGGCCAGCUGCCUCCCCGCCGCGCUGCUGGCCCCGCCCCCGGGCGCCCACGUCAUCGACGCCUGUGCCGCCCCCGGCAACAAGACCAGUCACUUGGCUGCUCUCCUCAAGAACCAGGGAUCUUUGCCUUUGACCUGGAUGCCGGGCGCCUGGCAUCCAUGGCUACCCUGCUGGCCCGGGCUGGGGUCUCGUGCUGCGAGCUGGCGGAGGAAGACUUCCUGGCAGUCUCACCCUCUGACCAGCGCUACCGUCAGGUCCAGUACAUCUUACUGGAUCCUUCUUGUAGCGGCUCAGGCAAAUGUUCUCACCUGCGAAGCAGGGCAUCUCUGUGCGAAGCGAGGCCGUCUGCAGCUGACACGCUCUGUCCCUAGGAAUGCCAGCCAGACAGCUGGAGGAGCCCGGGGCAGGCACCCCGAGCAAGGCACGCCUGCAGGCCCUGGCUGGGUUCCAGCGGCGAGCACUGCGCCACGCGCUCACCUUCCCCUCCCUGCAGCGUCUGGUCUACUCCACGUGCUCCCUCUGCCAGGAGGAGAACGAAGAUGUGGUGCACGACGCCCUGCAGCAGAACCCAGGGACCUUCAGGCUAGCUCCCGUCCUACCCUCCUGGCCCCACCGAGGCCUCGGCACUUUCCCCGGGGCUGCACACUGCCUCCGGGCUUCCCCCGAGACCACGCUCACUGGUGGCUUCUUUGUUGCCGUUCUGGAAAGGGUAGAGGUGCCAAGCUCAGUCCCGCGGGCUGGAGCGGCGGCGCCCGAACCCACACCCAGCGCAGCGCCGCGGAGGAAGGAGAGACGGCGCCCGGCCGUGGCUCCUGGCGCGCAGAGAGGAAAGCGGUAACCCCGAAUCCCCGGCGGGGGGGAAGAGAGUGGAUUUCCUCCUCCUGUGGUCCCUUCCCCGGGCCGUGUUCCUGCUGAGAGGUCUGCCCACAGAAAUAAAAGGCGAGCCACGGAAUACGAUAGAUCACAGUUGUUUUUUAUUCUUAAUGACAUAAGCAAGGAGAAAAAUUUCACAUUCAUACUAAAAAUUCCAACUAGACUCACAGGAAUUAACUCUUUGUCAUGGAAAGUCCCAGCCUCCCGUUCCUGUCCAGUGCACGUCCGUGUACGCGCGCACACACACACACACACGCACACGCACACCCGUGUACACCCCCCACACACUCGGGCUGCACCAGGACACCCUCUUCCGGGGGCUCCCGGACCAACCGUCCUGCCUGUGGAACCGAGGUAAACUAGCUCAGAGCACUGCGGCCAAGAGGGACGUACCCUCCCUCAGGUAUCUGUGGAAGCUUGCUUUCUGGCCCCGUGCGCCCCCCCCCGCCCCCCGCAUCCUAACGGACGUGGGACAGGAGGUACAGGCCUCUCCCUCAGCUCCACACGCAGGGAAGGCGGGCCCGCUCUUCCCGGGGCCGGGCCGGGGCCGGCCAUGACCGUCGCCUGCCAUAGCACUCAACCUCAGUCACGGGUGAGGGGGGGAGCUACUUACGUCUACGUCACAUUAUUUAUAAAAUAAGAGUUACACUUUACAUCGUGUGUCCUGAAGGAGCCCCGGCCCCUCAGGAGAGCUGCCGAGGACAGCAUCUGAGCCUCUCACGGGCAUAACUUACCUAUACAGCUAAUUCCUAGUCAACAGCAUUUAUACUUAACCACCUCAGUGAACCAAGCUUGAAGGAAUUUAAAAGGCAAUUUAGCUUAAAUACAAAAAUAAAUUUUUAUUUUGUUAAAAAAUGUUUAAAUAUUUUUUUCUUUUAAUUUAGACACACGCAUUCAUACUUCUCCCAAAGAGGAUGGGCAUGGCAGCAAGGCUCUCGGGCCCGGGGUAGGUGAUCUGGGAACGGGGCGCGGGGAGGAACCUGAAGAACUCUGAAGUGUGGUUCACUAAUUUUGGUUUUCUACCACCUCCUGGGGCGGAUCUAGCCCACGGGGGGGGGGGGGUGGUGGCGGGGAGGAACAGUGGAGGGAAGAGGUCUUUGCUUCCCCUCGGCCCCAUCCUCUUGGGCUGCCAGCCCUUAAAGUCAAAACACCAUUUGCAAAUCCAGGAGUCAGCACGCGUAGCCAUAAAGUGGUGCUACUUCCCACAUUCAAUUAGCGAGGCCCCAGAAACUUGGAACAGUUAAGUCCGGCACUACCAACAUGCCGCCACUCAUACAAUUCAAUUCUUCCUCCAAACUCGAUUCAAAGAGCAAUAGACAUGAGCAUCAGACAGUAACACAGGACAAGGCUUUGAACAUACAACCGGGGGGGGGGGGGGGGGAGGGCGGGGCGGGGGGGGGGGAGGCAGCUGAGCAGUGGGGGGACGUCCUGCCUGCUCCCGGCGCUUCCUCCCCUGCAGCUGCCAGGCUAACAGUCUUGAGCCACCAAGCUUUUAGGGGCCAAACUGGCAGAGGGUGGGGGACAAAACAUUGACUUGGACUUGGCAGGAGCAGCACCCACUGGGGUCUCCAAAGCAAAGCGAAAUUCGGGGCCACUUAAAGGAGUGGAUCCUGCAAGGAACUGGUGAGGGACAAAGCAGCAAGAGAUGGGGAAGCAGGGUCCCCUAACGGGCCCUGGGAGAACCACUUCUUAUAGGCAAGCCAAGCAAGGUAAAGCUGCGGGGCUGACCCAGCUCCCCGACUCCCGUCCCCAGCGGCGACGUGGACGAGGGCUGUGCCUGUGACCCCCCACCCCCACCCCAAGCCGGCUCUUGCGGGGAGCAGUGGGAAGGGAGGCCGCCUGACAGCGCUCACACACCACACAGGAGUCAGGAAAGGAGGGGGACCAUAUGUACAGAUGUUCUUGCACGCUCUCCAGCCUCACCGCAGAGCUGUCCCGAGGCUGCUUCCUCGAGGAGCGGGACCCGCCACCAGGGCUGCCACUGCCUCCCCACUGGCGGAAGCCAGAGAUGGCGGGG